UAGUUCUAACAGUUUUGAGUUACAAAAUGUUGAAAUUUCCACUUUGUUGCAGUGAGCUAUCUUUAGAACCCAAGAUUCUAGCUUUUGAAAGACAGCUUGUUUCAGGGCGACGCGAUUCCAUCAAAGUUUCUGCGGGAAAAAUUGGAAAUUUCUCUCUUGGUUCGAUAUUUAAAAGUUGCGAGACUUGUGGAGCCAAAGGAGCAAUUGAAUGUCCCGGUUGCAAGGGAACAGGUAAAAAUAAGAAGAACGGAAAUAUGUUUGAGAGGUGGAAAUGUUUUGAUUGUCAAGGAUUUGGUAUGAAGAGUUGUCCUAAAUGUGGCAAGGGAGGCUUGACUCCUGAACAGAGAGGGGAACGAUAGAGUUAUUAUACUAUUUGUUUCUCUUACAUAAGUUAAACUUAU